GUGAGAGCGGGUACUGUGAACUGCGUUACUAUGCUGUAGCCCAAUAACCACACAUUCGGAAUCGAAACGUGCAACUUAGAUUGACUUUAUCUUGUUUACAAAGAUAAGUGAAGAAACUGCUGAGGAGGGAAAGCGAGCCUCAUGAGUUGGCCUGGCGGAUCUCAGCGACAUUAUGGAUUUGACUAAAAUGGGUAUGAUCCACCUCCAGAACCCCAACCACCCCACAGCCCUGCUGCAUAAAGCCAACCAGAUGCGUCUGGCAGGGACCCUCUGCGACGUGGUCAUCAUGGUGGACAGCCAGGAGUUCCAUGCUCACAGAACCGUGUUGGCCUGCACUAGCAAGAUGUUUGAGAUUCUGUUUCACCGCAACAGCCAGCAUUACACCCUGGACUUCCUUUCACCAAAGACCUUCCAGCAGAUCCUGGAGUACGCCUACACUGCCACACUCCAGGCCAAAGUGGAAGACCUGGACGACCUGCUGUAUGCAGCAGAGAUCCUAGAAAUCGAGUACCUGGAGGAGCAAUGCCUCAAGAUCCUGGAGACCAUCCAGUCCUCGGACGAUAAUGACACAGAGGCCAACAUGAACGAUGGCGGCACGGAGGAAGACGACGAGCGCAAGGGCCGGCAAGGAGGGAAGAACGCCAAGAAGCAUUCCAUGGAGGGGAGCUACCUUUCAGCCACCCAGCAAGCCUCUGCCCUGGACCAGAGCCCCUCCGUCUCCACAUCCUUUGGGCUCUCAACCAUGAGCCCAACCAAAGCUGCCGUGGACAGCCUGAUGAGCAUCGGCCAGUCCCUCCUGCAGCAGGGCUUCGGGGGAGAGCACCUGACUCACGGCAACUCCCACCACCAACUGAUGACCGAGAUCAAGACGGAGAUGAUGCAAGUGGAUGAAGGUGGAGGCCACGAGAGCCCCAGAACCAUGGAGUCCAGCGCCUCCAGCAAUGGUGAGAGGAGCAGCGAGUUGGACAGGAAUCGUGACGGCCCCGGGACCCCGACCAGGAGCAGCGUGAUCACAAGUGCCCGCGAGCUGCACUACGUCCGGGAGGACGGCAUGGGCGACCCCCAAGCAGAUGGUGGCCAAAUGGGUCUGGAAGCCAUGGCGGGCAUGACAGGCAUGACCGAGAAACACCUGGCCUCCCUGUACUCUCUGGCUCCCAAUCAUAAAAACGAAGCUAUGCGAUCCAUGCCGGCCUCCAUGGCCUCUUCUCUCCACAUGUCCCCUGCCCUGGCCAUGUCCAUGGACUUCAGUGCCUACGGGGGACUUCUGCCCCAGAGCUUCAUCCAGAGGGAGUUCUUCAACAAGCUGGGGGAGCUGGCCGCUGGCAUGAAGCCAGACGGCAGGAACCAGCACGAACGCUGCAACGUUUGUGGCGCGGAGCUACCAGACAACGAAGCUGUAGAGCAACACAGGAAGCUGCACAGCGGAAUGAAGACCUAUGGAUGUGAGCUGUGUGGGAAACGCUUCCUGGACAGCCUACGCCUUAGGAUGCACUUGCUGUCUCACUCAGCUGGUGAGAAGGCCAUUGUCUGUGACCAGUGUGGAGCCCAGUUCCAGAAGGAGGAUGCUCUGGAGGCUCACAGACAGAUCCACACAUGCUUGGACAUGGCCAUCUUCUGCCUGCUGUGCGGGAAGCGUUUCCAGACGCAGCCGGCGCUGCAGCAGCACAUGGAGGUCCACGCCGGUGUGCGCAGCUACAUCUGCAGCGAGUGCAAUCGCACCUUCCCCAGCCACACCGCACUCAAACGCCACCUGCGCUCGCACACAGCAGGUGACCAUCCAUAUGAGUGUGAAUUCUGCGGGAGCUGCUUCCGUGACGAGAGCACUCUGAAGGGCCACAAGCGCAUCCACACCGGGGAAAAGCCCUACGAAUGUAACGGCUGUGGGAAGAAGUUCAGCCUCAAGCACCAGCUGGAGACCCACUACCGUGUGCACACAGGUGAGAAGCCGUUUGAGUGCAAGCUGUGCCACCAGCGAUCCAGGGACUACUCGGCCAUGAUCAAACACCUGCGCACCCACAACGGCGCCUCGCCCUACCAAUGCACCAUCUGCCUUGAGUACUGCCCCAGCCUCUCGUCCAUGCAGAAGCACAUGAAGGGCCACAAGCCCGAAGACGUCCCCCCAGACUGGAGGAUAGAGAAGACCUACCUGUACCUCUGCUACGUCUGAGGCCUUCAGACGACAGCCCGGGGGAAGGAGGACGGGCAGAGGAGGUGGAGGACGAGGUGGAGGAGGAGGGGGCUGAGGA